AUGAAAAACCACACAAGACCCACAGAAUUCAUUCUUCUGGGGCUAUCAGAUGACCCAGAGCUUCAGACUGUGACUUUUCUCUUUUUAAUCAUCACAUAUAUAUUAAGUGUCACUGGAAAUUUGACCAUCAUCAUUCUCACCUUGGUGGACUCCCAUCUACAGACACCUAUGUAUUUUUUCCUCAGGAACUUCUCUAUAUUAGAAAUCUCCUUUACGACUGUCUCUAUUCCUAGAUUUCUGGGCACAAUUAUCACCCGGAACAAAGCAAUUUCAUACAACAAUUGUACAGCUCAGUUGUUUUUCUUCAUUUUCUUGGGUAUCACUGAGUUUUAUCUUCUAACUGCCAUGUCCUAUGAUCGCUAUGUAGCUAUCUGCAAACCCCUGCAUUAUACAACCAUCAUGAACGACAGAGUCUGUGUAUUGCUUGUCUUUUGUGCUUGGCUUGCAGGGUUCUUAAACAUCUUCCCACCUGUUAUUCUUUUUCUCCAGUUAGAUUACUGUGAUUCUAAUAUCAUCGAUCACUUUGCUUGUGACUAUUUCCCCCUCUUGCAACUAUCCUGCUCAGACACAUGGCUCCUUGAAGUGAUUGGUUUUUACUCUGCAAUAGUGAUUCUGCUUUUUACUUUGGCAUUAAUAAUUCUGUCCUACGUGUUUAUCAUCAAGACAAUUCUGAGACUGCCUUCUGCCAGUCAGAGAAAAAAGGCAUUUUCUACAUGCUCCUCUCACAUGAUUGUCAUUUCCAUCUCUUAUGGAAGCUGCAUAUUCAUGUAUGCCAACCCAUCAGCAAAAGAAAAGGCAUCCUUGACGAAAGGAGUAGCAAUUCUGAAUACUUCUGUUGCUCCUAUGAUGAAUCCGUUUAUAUAUACACUGAGGAACCAGCAAGUGAGGCAAGCCUUUAAGGAUACCAUCCAAAAGGUUAUCUUUUUCUCAAGUAAAUGCAAAUAUCUGUAG